UGAGCUAAGAAAAAGGGCAGAGAGGAAGCUGCAGUACCUUUAAGAACUAGUCUUGAAAGCUGCACACCAUUACUUCUUCCCCUUCUUUUUAUAUAAUAUUCAUCAGAAGUGAGUCCUUCAGUCUAGCCCAUGCUCAAAGGGUGGGGAACUGGCUACACCUCUUGAAGGGAAGGGAAUCAAAUAAUUUGUGGACAUAUUUUAAAACCACCACAAAUAAGAUAGACCUGUAUGUACUGAAAUGUGAAGUUGUACAUUAUAUAUUAUGUGAAAAAUGCAAACCAGAGUUAUGAUGUCUUUGUUAAGAAAAAAAUGUCAGUGGGGUAUGUAUGUUUGUGGGUAUGCCUGAAAAAAAGUCAGAAAGGACCCAAUAAAAACUAUCCUUCACUAAGCCCUAGUGAAGCUUUCCAAUGUCUCCAAGUUAUUUGUGGAGGGUAGGCUUUCAGUUUUUACUUAUAUUACUUCAGAAUUAUUUAAAAAUUUUAUGAAUUUAUUUUCAGUAAGAGCAACUAGACCAAAUCUCUAGUAUAUAUUUUUAAGAUUUAUUUAUUUAUUUUAGAGAGAAUGCACGAGCAAGGGGAGGGGUAGAGGGAGAGAGAGAGAGAGAGAAUCCUCAAGCAGACUCCCCGCUGAGCAUGUAACCUGAGGUGGGGCUCGAUCCUAGGACCCAGGGGUCAUGACCUGAGCUGAAAUCAAGAGUUGGCCUCUUAACUGACUGUACCACCCAGGUGUCCCUCUAGUAUAAUUUUUUAAAGAAAUUCUUAAAUAUUUAAAAAAAUAACAAAGCCAAUAACAGGCUGAGUUUUAUUUUUCUGUACUUCUUACAAAAUAAGGAACCAGUGAGUUCAUUUCUGUUCUGUUCUGACUCCAGUUUUUAGUCCUGCAGUCUGGGCUUCUAAGCAUCCCAUUUUUCUUUUCUUAUUUUAUUUAUAUUUUCAUUUGUAUGUGUUAAAAGACAUACAUUUUAAGUUUUUAACAUUUAUUUUAUAAACAUUUAAAAGUAGCACUGAAUUUUCUCAUUCUUGAGUUCUUAUUUGUGGUUAGUACUUCAUUGUUUAGGCAUGGAUUUUCAUGUAGUUUAUUUGGAAAGCAGUACCUGGGUGGUGUAUUUUGAAUCCUUGAAUAUCAGUACAUCUUCCCAUUGUCCUUUUGUUAACACAAUAAGGACGUACAUGGAAAUUAUUUACAACCCUUUACCAAGUUGUUUUUGACUCCUCUGACUUUGACUUAGUAGGUGUGCCACUAUUUUGUAACUGCAUGACCUUGUACAAGUUACUUAAUCUUGUUAAAUGUUGGUUUCCUUAUUCCUUUAGUGUUGAUAAUUCUACCUUUUAGGAUUGUUGUGAUGAUGAGAUAACAGCCCUUUUCACAUAACUUCUUGAUAAUAUUUAACUGCUAUGAUUAUAGUGAUUUGAUAGUCAUGAUAUUCUAGUUUUCCUCCAUGAAAAGUAUCUUUUUCCUUUAUUCAUAGAUUUACUAAACAUUUUUAAUUGAACUUUAGAAUUGAGAAUGUCAUCAAAGAAAUUAAAAGAAUUUGUCACAUGACCAAUUUAUGAGCUGUUCUCUUCACUAAAAGUAUUUUUAGGCAGUUUGAAUACAUAUAUUUAUCUCUUCUUUCUAAAACUUCAUGAUAAUAAGAAACUAAAAACUGUAUGAACCUGCAAUGAUGAAGUAAAGAGCCAUCAGCAAAUGAGGAAUUUCUACAAAAACUUGGAAGGGUUACCUGGGUGCCUCAGUCAGUUGGGCAUCUGGCUCUUGAUUUCAGCUUAGGUCGUGAUCUCAAGGUGGUGGGAUCGAGCCUUACCUCAGGCUCCACACUCAGCCCAGAGUCCACUUGGGAUUUUCUCUCCUUCCUCUGCAACCCCACCAACCCUCGCAUGUACACUCAUUCUCUCAACAAAUAAAUAAGUAAAACAAAAAACAAACCCAAAACUUGGAAAGCAACAGGAGAAACAGUGGUAAGAGCCGCAAAGGGCUAAAAACAUUACAUCCUGGAAUGCUCCACAGGGGAAUAAGCACAAGAAGGAUUUGAUAAGCCCUGUGAACUUCAGGGAAGCUGAGGAUGCAUCCACACCACUGGAGGCUGAGGGCCAGUCAAAAGAGGAUCCUAAGAUAUUUCCAGAGAGCGAAGAAAAAGUUGCUUGCAAAGGAAUUAGAGUUAAAAAAAAAAAAAAAAAAAAAAAAAAAGGUCUUAGAAACAACAGUGAAGGCAUAUGAACAGUGAAGCAAUUCUGAGAAAAAUUCUUUUCACUCUAGAAUUUGAUACCCAGCCACUUGUGAGUGAUGAUAAGGACUUCAAGCAUACAGUGUAACCAUGCUUGGAGAUUCUCCUUUAAACCAAAUGUGUGUCCUGAAGAAAACCUUGCCUGUUUCUCACCUUUGCUUUUUUUCAGUGGCCAUGGAAUUAACAUUUAUAAGCUUGACUGAACUCAUUUGGGUGUAUACCUCCCAAUUAAUGGAGUAAAUCACAAAAGGGGAAGAAGUAUAUGAUCUUGAAAAUGGAGCACUAAAGAAUAGCCAGCCCAGAUUGGAGCAGGAGGAUGAACAUUUCCAGAAUUAAAGGGUUGGGGGAUCAAUUGACUUAAUCUUUUUCAGCCAUUACUUACUAAUUUUUAAAAUUGGGAUAAUAAUAGUAUCUACAAGAGAGGGUGGCUGUGAGGACUACUUGAAAUAUAUGUGAAGUCCUUAGCCCAGUGGUUAGCAGACAGAUGCUAUAUAAAUGUUUCUGAUGACUGUGAUGGGCUUCAGUGACUGGAUACAUUAUUUAGCCAUCCCUGUGAUUAUGUCUACUCUUAACCUUUCUUGUUUUUCUUCAUUAUUGAAGUUCUUCCUUUUUUUAUUUCGUUUGUCACUUAUGUUACCUGCUGAAUGGCUGUUUCUUUGUCCAUCUUCUCCCUUAGAUCUCUUCUUCCUGGAAAACCUGAUCUUUGACCAGAUGGCAGUAACAUUUGAAGAUGUGACUGUUAUUUUUACUUGGGAGGAGUGGAAAUUCCUAGAUUCUUCUCAAAAAAAGCUCUACAGAGAGGUCAUGUGGGAGAACUACACAAAUGUCAUGUCAGUAGGAAACUGGAAAGAGAGCUACAAACCUCAAGAAGAAAGAUUCAGAUAUUUAGAACAUGAAAAUCUUCCCUGCUGGCAAGCCUGGAAGAAUGCCAGCGCUCAGAUAUAUGAGAAUAGAAACUAUGUGGAAACUGUCCAAGGAAUAGAUUCCAGAGACCUAAAGCAACAAGAUCUUUCCCACCAUCCAGAAUGGUUAAUACUCUCCACCCAAGUACCAGGGUAUGGGAACUAUGAAAUGACUUUUGAAGGUAAAAGUCCCAGGAACUUAAAAUAUACAAAGUUUAUACCUUGGCAGUCCUUCGAAACAAAACAUACCCUUCGAGACUAUGCUAGAGAAAUCAAUGUGAAUGAUUCACAUGGUUUUCAAGGAAGCAGAUGCCAUCUUGGCAUAUCUAGGAAAAAUCUCUCUGUGGAAAAAGAACAGAAGCUUAUAGUUCAACAUUCUCACGUUCCAACAGUAGAAGCCCUUCCGGAGGACACUGGGGAGCUAUGUCAACAUGACCUACUGAAAAACUCUAUGGAAGAGGAAUACUGUGGAUGUAAUAAAUGUAAAGAAAUUUAUUAUUGGAACUCACAGUGUGUUCUCCACAAGAGAAACCAACGUGGAGAAAAGUUCUAUCAAUGCUCUAUUAGCACAGCAUGCUUCUCUCAGAGAUCAGACCUAUACAGACAUACAAGAAUUCACAUAGGUAAGAAGCUGUAUGGAUGUGAUGAAGUUGAUGGUAACUUCAGUCAAAGCUUAGGUGUUCACUUUCAUCAGAGAGUCUGCACAGGGGAGGUUUCUUAUAUAUGCCACGUGUGUGGUAAGCACUUCAGUCAGCUCUCUAGUCUUCACAAUCAUCAAAGAGUGCAUACAGAAGAGAAACUCUAUAAAUUUGAAUGUAAUAAGGACCUCAGUAGAAAUUCAUUACUUCACAUUCACCAGAGACUUCACAUAGGAGAGAAGCCUUUUAAGUGCGAUCAGUGUGGUAAGAGUUUUAGUCGGAGUUCAGUACUUCAUGUUCAUCAGAGAGUCCACACAGGAGAGAAACCAUAUAAGUGUGAUGAGUGUGGCAAGGGCUUCAGUCAGAGCUCAAAUCUUCGAAUUCAUCAGUUAGUCCACACGGGAGAGAAGUCCUAUAAAUGUGAUGACUGUGGGAAGGGCUUUACCCAGCGCUCAAAUCUCCAAAUUCAUCAAAGAGUACAUACAGGAGAGAGGCCUUAUAAAUGUGACGACUGUGGGAAGGACUUUGGUCACAGCUCUGAUCUUCGUAUUCAUCAGAGGGUCCAUACUGGGGAGAAACCCUAUACUUGUCAUGAAUGUGGGAAGGGCUUCAGCAAGAGUUCGAAGCUUCAUACUCAUCAAAGAGUACAUACUGGAGAAAAACCCUAUAAAUGUGAACAGUGUGGUAAGGGAUUCAGUCAGCGUUCACAUCUUCUCAUUCAUCAGAGAGUCCACACAGGAGAGAAACCCUAUAAAUGUGAUGAUUGUGGAAAGGGAUUUAGUCACAGCUCUAAUCUUCACAUUCAUCAGAGAGUCCACACAGGAGAGAAGCCUUACCAAUGCACGAAGUGUGGCAAGGGUUUCAGUCAUAGCUCAGCUCUUCGAAUUCAUCAAAAAGUCCACACAGGAGAGAAACCUCAUAAGUGCCAUGAGUAUUAUAAGGGAUUUGAUCAGAGUUCACAUCUUCACAAUGAUCACACAUGAGAAACCUUAUAAUUACAUUUAGGUAACCGCUUUAACUAAAGCUUAACAUUAAGCCCAAUAAAUACUGCUGGGAAUAAAAUUCUAUAAAUUACCCAAAUAAUCCCAAGCAACAUUUAUAGUUUCCCUCAACCCCCACUAAGAAUCAUUUGCUUCAAGAAGAAAUCCUUAGGAGGAUGCCUAUAUAUUUAAAAUGAAAGUGUAUUUACUUUUUCUAUUAUAUCAUACAUAUCCAUUAUAAAAUAUCUGAAAGAUUCAAGGAGAAAACUCUUGAUCCUGUUUUAUUCUAGCCUUUUUUGGUGCGUUUUCAUGUGUAUGAAAUCUUACUGUAUAUUCAACUCUGUAUUUUUACUGACUUCAAAACAUUUACUUAACAUUUUGUUUUAAAUGGAAAUUGGCUAGCUAGCUAUGAAAUAGCACUCUGACUCCUCUGUAAAGUCCCUAGGAAGCCACAGGAAAAACACAAAACUUGAAACUCAAACUGGUAGAUAAUCUAUUGCUCAAAUGUGGAAGAAUCAACUAUAGGGAAGGACAAUUCGAUUGCUUAUGACAUAAGAUAGGAAAGCACUGCAUGACCCUUUAUCUGAGAUAGGAUGUCUCAGGGAUAUUACCUUUGUCAACCAGAAAAGUCAGGAACCAAGGAACCAUCUUUUGCAGGGGUGCUGCACUUUGAGGUUACCACGGUGCACUCUCACAACCCCCUCCCCAGGAUUCCACAUUGAUUCACAACUUCAGACACCACAUAACAAGAAGUCCAAUAUUUAAUGUCUCUAAAUAGGGUGUGAAAGAUGUCAGCAAAAGCUAAGAGAAGUGGAUCUUCAGGAAACUGAAGAUAUUCCAUCUGUUCAGAAUUGGAGAUUUAAGCAGUAGACUGAUUUAUUCUCAGAACAGAGAGGUAAUAGAGAAAUAGAACUAAACUCAGAUCUAUGUGCAAAACUGAACUAAUAACCUAAUUAUGGAAGAAGAGAGAAUUUGGCCAUUGUAAAAUGGAGUAGAGUCAGCAGAAAUACACAAGUCCUAACUAUUGAUAAUAUAAAUAUGUUUAGACAUCACUGCCCAAGAGAAACUAAGUGGACUUGUUCAGGGAAAUAACAGGGAAUUGCAGUACCAAAGAAAGAACACCACCAUGAAGAAUUAAAACCUGAUAGCCCUGAAAAUUAGUUAUUUCAGUCUCCUGAAGAAAUUUUCAAAAAACUGGUGGUUUGAGUAGCAUGACAGAAAACCUGAAAUCAGUGAAACUAAAGCAGAAAUCCUUAAGUAGAGAAGAGCCUCUAAAAUAAAAAUAAUGAAAAAGGACUACAGGGAAAUUUAAAAUGGAUCAAAGUGAAAGGCAACAGAAGCAGAAUAUCAAAUACUGUAAUGAAUAAACUUGAUCUUCAAUGUAUACAAAAAGGAUAAUGAGAUGGAAACAAUGAAAACACAGAUAGGAAGUGCAAAGAAUGGAGAUCCAAUGUAGGAAUUAAAGGUGUUUCUAAGGAAGAUAAAAGAAUGUGGAAUAGAAUCAAUGAUCAAAGAAAUUAAGACAUUUUACCUGAACUAAACGUAUAUAUGCUCACUAGAUUUUAGGCAAAACCAAUAUAAAAACCAUGCUUAGAAACAGCUUAGGGAAAAGAACAAUUGAAAGCAUGCAGAAAGAAAAAUUCUGGUUAUCUACAAAGCCAGUGAUAAGAAUGGAUAAAGAACUUCAAAAGUAAAUGUCAAAAGACAGUGGAACGACACCUUCAGAAUUGUGAGAUUAAAAUCCCAUUAUCACCUAUGGUAUUUUUUUUUAAGCAACUAAAUUGUCAUUGUCUAAAUUGUGCAGGUAACAGAUUAGAUAAGAAAACAGGAAACAUCAUACAUGUUCCUUUUUUUUUUUAUGUUCAGUUAGCCACCAUAUAGUACAUCACUAGUUUUUGAUGUAGUGUUCAGUGAUUCAUUGGUUGCAUAUAACACCCAGUGCUCAUCACAUGUUCCUUUCUUGAAGAGAGCUUAAGAAUGUGGAAAUUAUGGCCUAAAACUGGUAAUGAGCACUAACAUCAGUUAAACAGAAUAACUGUUAAUUUGUUUACAAAAUGUCCAAAAUUUUAAAUAGCUGUACAAAAAAAAUAUUUAAUAUACAAAUGCUGAGUAUAAAAGCAGAUUAUAUAUAAAUGCCUGAGAGGGAGACUAUGACUGUCAGACAAAAUACAUGGGUUUAAAUUUCAGAUCUACAAUGAAUAAUUUUUUAGUAUAAGUAUAUCCCAAAUUUUGAAUGGGACUUACACUAAGAAAUUAUUUGCUUAUAUGAAAUUCAAAUUUAAUUAGGCAUCCUGUGUUUUUAUUUGGAAAUCCGGCAACCCUAUGGGGGUAAGAACAGCAAAGGAAAAUGUGCUACAUUUCUGAUCCUAAAUAGGGACUCUACAUCUUCUUUAACAAUUGAAGAAAUAAAGGUAUAAAAAAUAUAUAUUUUUUUUUACAAAGUUAGAAAUUGGCAACUAAUAGAACUAAAGCACAUAUGCCUUUCAAAACAGGAGAAAAUAAAAACAAAGACUAUUUAGUCCCUAUUAGCAAAAGACAAAAAAAUUAAAGCAAAAUGAUAUUAAUCAGUAACUAUUAUUGAUUGCUCAAUAUUAAUUUACUGAUUAAUUUUAUUGAUAUAAAAGAAUAGGCAAAAAAAUAGGUGAAGGUUUAUUAUACAAACAUAAGGGAGUGCCUACAAUAUGUUUUUAAAAGUUAAUAAAAAUGAACUAAAGGUUUACCCACAAAAGCCAGUAGUUUCCUAAAUUCUUGCUAUAAUAAGAAAAUAUAAUGGGUAGAAAAAAGUAUGGUUUAUAAUAACACUUAAAUUUCUUUUCUAAAAAAGAACAAGUAAAAAUAUAGAUGAAAAUAAUGAAAAAAUGAGGAAAAUAAAAGAGGACUUGCAUAGAGAAGUCUUAUUUUUUUUAGAGGAAAUGUUCCUAAGUUAAUCUAUAGAUUUCAAAUUUCAUCAAAACUCCAAUGAGAUUCAAAAUUUAAAAAAAAUCUAAAGUCUUUUAAGAAAAACAGACAUUGGAGAAGAGCAAAGAUAAUUUAUAAGAUCAAUGAGAUUGCCCUAAAAUAAAAAGUAAAUGAUACACCGAAAUUAAUGGAGAACUUGUACAUUUGAAAAAAGUGUUCAAAAUGCUUAGUAAAUCACUUAGAAACAGACCAGCAUAUGGAUAACAUAUGUAAUAACAUAUUUAGUAUAUAUGCAUAUAUACUUUACAUAUUAAAAAGAUCUAUGAAUAGGAAAAGGAUUAUUCAGUAAAUGGUGCUAAGAAAAUGACAGCUCUGGUGAAAAACAAAAUUGGGCUUUCAUGACAUACAUCGUAUAUAUAUUGUUCUAAUAUCUAUUUAAAGCACAGGUUUUCAGGCAGACUUCCAUGAAUCUCCAUGUGGUUUCAUGAAGGCUGGUGUGUCAGAAAUGAACUACAAAUUUAACCCCAUUUUUAUCUGAUUCAUAUUCAAGAUUAGCAUAAGAUUUCUUUCUAAAGAGGGUUGUGCUGCUUUAACAUAAAUAUUUAAAGUUCACCAAAGUGGGUUUUUAUAUGGUUGAAAACACACAUACACAUAUGCAUUUUUUGAGAAUUAGAUAAAAAGGAAGAACUCAGAAAAAAUACCUAAGAAUUUGGCCACAUAAAAUUUUCUAAACUGUAGGUGAAAAACAUGGAAAUCAGACAAUAGGGAAAAUAUGUCAUGAUUAUGACAGUUAAGAACUUUUAUAAAUUAAUAAGGAAGAUGGACAUCUUCUAAAAAUUGGUAAAGGACAUCACCAGAUUAAAGCAAUAAAAUACCACUUCUAUUAAUUAUAAUAGCUAUUUUCAGUGAGAGUACAGAGUGAUCGAUACUUAUACACAACUUACAAUAAGUGUAUAUUGAUAGACUCUGGAAAGCUAUUUGGCUAAUCAUAAGCCUUAAAAUUGUUGAUAUUCUUUCCGACAGUGAUUUCAUGUCUAGGCAUAUAUUUUUUGGAAAUAGCUUACACAUUAUUAGAGCGAUUCUAUUUCCAAAUAACAAAGACCCACCUAAGUUAUCUAAUUCAAAAAUAGAGCUAUGUAAUAUUCAUGUUUUAAAAUCUCCCAGAAAAAAUCCAAGGACAGAAGCUUUCAUAUGGGAACUUGCUCUAGAAAGCCAUUAGACAAAGCCACUCUCUCAAAAACUUGUUUCUCUUUCAGUAGCCUCUCCUCUCUACAUAUUGACCUCCUGUUUACUUACUCUGCAGAUCUAGAAUUGCCACCACAUCCAUGAAUAUAUGUUUUUAAAUUCUAUUGCCUACCACUGAUUUGUAACUUCCUUCUGGGUCUCUAUUCACAUUUCUGAGUGGGGGAAGAUGAUUGGUUCAAUUUUCAUUACUACCUCUACACAAGCCUUUGAGGCCAGGCUAAACCACAGGCUACUGGGAAGCCUUUGGAUUGGCUAGCUUUGUAUCAGAUGUUCACUCUGGUCCCUUCAGACAUGCCCAGGGAUGGGAUAAUAAGGCAUAUAACAUGGCCCUUGAGGGCUCAUGUUCCAAGAGAUUUCCCCAGAAAGUGGCAGGUUUAAGCCUUCUGAACUACAUUAGAACACACAAAGAUAAAUAAAUGUUCAAGACAUUUAUUGCAGUAUUUUUAAUGCUGCACUCCACCCCCGUCCCCCGCCAAAUAGGGGAAAGGUCCUAUAUGUGUAAUGUUCUGCAGUCAUUCAAACUUAUAUUUUCCAAGAAUAUUGUAAUAACAUACUUAUGGUGUCAAUUGAAAAUUAUUGAAAACAAGAUACAGAACUGUAUAUGGGUAAGAUUCUAUUUAUAAUAUAUAUAUAUAUUUAUAUAGAUAUUCCCACGGGGAAAAGUUGGAGAUUAUAUAUAUAUGCAUAUAUAUAUACACACACAAAAAAAAUGCUAUUACUGGAUCUAUUUGAUAGGAUGGAUUGUGACUAUAUUUAUGUUCUUCAUACUUUCCUGUAUUUUUCAUAUUUUUAUUGUUUUAUUUUCAUAAAUAAAAUCACAUUUUUACAUACAACUUAUUUAAAAUGCUAAUGGUUACAUGAUAUUCCAUUGUGUUACUGUACCAUAAUGCUUAAUUCUCUCUAUAUUAUCAGGGAUUCAGACUUUUCAUUUUUAUAUCAUGAAUUUAACUGCCAUGUCACCGUGUAUGAAGUUUCCGAUUAUUUUUGUCAACUUUUAUAAUUUUCUACAUUCAAUUAUUGGAUUGAAAUAUAGGCCACAGAAGUGUAAUUUGUGCAAAGAAAUGAAAUCAUGAAAAUAAAUGAUGUAGACGACCGGCUACAAGUAGCCUGACACUGAUGGCGCAGAAGUGUGAAAUUGGAAGGAGAGGUUAGACGAUGGCCCGACCGUGACGGACUUCCUGCGUCAAGUUAAAAAAUUUCUGUUAGUCAUGAAGAAAUAUUAAAGAAUCUUAAAGGAGGGUGCGAUACUAUCGUUUUGGAAAGAUGACUUUAACAACAGUGGGGUA